AUGCUGGUAGUGGGAUUGACAGGUGGGAUCGCUUGUGGUAAGAGCACAGUGUCGAGAAGACUCAGAGACAAAUACAAACUACCCAUUGUUGAUGCGGACAAGAUUGCUAGACAAGUGGUCGAACCAGGACAGAAUGCUUAUGAUCAAAUUGUGUUAUACUUCAAGGACAAAAUACCGAAUUUAUUAUUGGAGGAUGGGCAUUUAAAUCGUGAAGCCCUAGGGAAAUGGGUUUUUAGUCAUAAAGAAGAUUUGCAAGCCUUGAAUGGGAUAACACAUCCUGCAAUCAGGUAUGCAAUGUUCAAAGAAAUUGGCUACUAUUACUUGAAGGGAUAUAGAAUGUGUGUAUUGGAUGUGCCACUCUUAUUUGAAGGAAAUCUGGAUUCAAUAUGCGGAGUGACUGUAAGCGUAAUUUGUACGCAAGAAUUGCAACUAGAAAGAUUAAUGACAAGAAAUCCUGAACUUAGUGAAGAAGAUGCAAAAAACAGGCUAAAUAGUCAAAUGAGCACUGAAGAAAGGAUGGCAAGAUCUGACUAUAUCCUACAAAAUAACAGCACAUUGGUUGACUUAUACGAACAGAUUGAAAGUGUUGUAAAAAAAAUCCAACCUAGUAAAUUAAGAACUGUUUUGGAGUAUUUCCCACCUUUUGGGGCCGUAAGUGCCAGUAGCAUCGUCAUGUCCAGAUUACUGAUGAAAAAACUUCAAAAUAAAAAGUCUUCAGCGGUAUAA